AGUUGGCAACACAGUGUCACACUGGGCUGGGCCUUUGCCAUUCCACAACUCGGUAUUUUCAUUUUUCAUUGAUACUACACUUACUCAAAAUGGCGAUCAUACCUGCGACAUGGGACAUGUAUGAUUUGAUACAAGGAGUAUUACAGGCUCCUAUGUAUCAUGUCAUAUUUGAAGUGACUCUGAUUGUGCUCAUUGUCAAGAUCUACUUGGCUUCGAGUUUUUCUCCUGAAAAAGCAGUUCUUACAGAAAAGGAGAAGGACAUUCUGGUGGAGGAGUGGGAGCCGGAACCACUGGCGCCGGACGUACCGGACGACCACCCAGCUUUGAGAGCCAUGGAGAAAUACUGUAUAGAAGGCCAAAAUGGAAAAUACAUCAAAGUCAAUGGAAAAUCGUGCCUCAACAUGGCCAUAUUUAAUUUCCUUGGGAUGAAUGGCAAAAAGGAAAUUGAGGAAGAUGCUGUGAAGGCCCUACGUGUUUAUGGGGUUGGAUCGUGUGGGCCAAGAGGAUUUUAUGGCACCAUGGAUGUGCACCUGGAGUUGGAAGACAAACUGUCCAAGUUUAUGAACUGUGAGGAGGCGAUUUUGUACUCAUAUGGAUUUGCAUGUAUUGCCAGUGCUAUUCCUGCCUACUCCAAGCGAGGAGAUCUCAUUUUUGCAGACGAGAGUGUGUGCUUUGCAAUACAGAAGGGCCUGGUGGCCUCCCGAAGUCACGUACGCUGGUUCAGACACAAUGACAUGGAUCAUCUCGAGUCUUUGCUCAUUGAGCAGAGCAAAGCAGACAAGAAGAACCCGAAAAAGGCCAAGGUGACUCGUCGCUUCAUUUUGGUGGAAGGUCUUUAUUUGAACAGUGGCGACAUUUGUCCUUUGCCAAAACUGGUGGAGCUGAAAUGGAAGUACAAGGUUCGCAUCUUUCUGGAGGAGACCAUGUCAUUUGGUGUACUUGGGGCCACUGGCCGUGGGGUAACCGAACACUUCGACAUCUCACCCGACCAGAUUGACAUGAUCUCCUGUUCUCUGGAGAAUGCUAUCGGAUCUGUUGGUGGCUUCUGCUGUGGGAAAAAGUUUAUCAUUGACCACCAGCGUUUGUCUGGUCUGGGAUACUGUUUCUCAGCCUCUCAGCCCCCCAUGCUGGCGUCAUCAGCCAUUCAGUCACUGAAGAUGUUACAGGAGAAACCAAGCAUGUUGGUGGACCUGAGAGAAGCCAGCGAGAAACUGCAUGCAAAACUGGAAAAUAUUUCUGGAGUGAACAUUGUUGGCAUCCCCAUUUCCCCCAUCAAGCACAUUCAACUAACAGAACCAGCAGAAGAUCGUGACCUUGACCUUCAAACCCUUCAGAUGGUCGUUGAUGAGGCGAUGAGCUCUGGCGUUGCUCUUACUGUUGCCCGUUACUUGGAACCAGAGGAGCACUCCUUGAUGCCCCCAAGCAUUCGUCUGACUGUGAACUGUGAACUGACCGACACGGAAAUUGAUACUGUGAUACGAGUUCUUUCCGAAUCCUUUGAGCUGGUUUUCCAGAAGCUCUCUUCUCAAUUGGAUAUGACCAGUGCUAUGGACUCUGUGGAGCAUCAGCCUGCCCUUGCUGCCUCUCGCUGAGCUGUUAUCAUCCCUGGACCUAGAUGUCUGAGGCGAGAAUACAGCUGAUAUUACGUGCAUAAUGAACAUUUCCUGAAAAUUUUACCCAUCUCUUUUUCAGUUACUUCUUUUUACUUUGUUUGGUUUGAUGCUCAUUUUUCAUGCCUUCAUACUGGUGUAGCUGUUUUUUUAGAAUUUGAAAUUUACUUUUUUUUCUUCAAUUUCUUUCUAUCCUUCAGUGAAACAUUUGUGGGUUAGAGAGAUAGAAGUCAGCGUGAUGAGAAUAGUAAAGUCAUUUUAGAAAUGUAUUUUCUUACUUUUUCUUCUUCUUUUUUUUCCCUUAACUUCAAAAUUAAAUCAGACUUUUCUUUGGUAGGCAGUGACAAUGACGUACUGAUAACCCUUUUGUUUAAAGGGUUUUGUAUCUUUCACGUUUAUCCCCUGUCACAUGGGCUGUUGACUCUAAAGCAGAUGCAUUGAAGAGUGCAGCAUUAUUCCUAAAGCUAAUUUCUAGGAACUGAUUUUGUUCCACUCAACUUAAGUGUAAUUGCCAACAUGCCGUAAAAGUUUGGAGAGAAUGUGAGCAGAUAUUCAUUAAGUUAUUUUCACUUUAUUAUGUUGACAAUGCUUCUGUUUUUUUCUUCUUUUUUCAGACAUAAAGUUAAGAUUUUUCUUUCAGCAGAGUCCCUUCCUUUAUCAUUUGAGUGUUCUCAUUCAAAUAGUUCUAUACUUUUUCUACUUUUUUCUUACCCCCAAAGAACUUGUAUUUUGUGAUUGUUUCUAAUAAUUUUGUAAUCAAUGAAGUUGAGGUUCUGUGCUUCUUUUGUUUCAUUUUUUGUCUUGAAUUUGUCUUGAAACUUAAUGUGAUGAAGAAGUAAAUGUGUAAAGAUUUUACCUCAGAUACUCUGCCUGAAUUUAUAGCAUUCUGCUUUUCCAUGUAAGUUAUUUUUACUGAUUUUUUAACUUUUUCCCGAAAGUUUUUGUUAAAUGAAAAGUUUGUAAAUUAUUUUUUUUAAAUCCUAGGCUGUACUUUGUAUAUUUAGCCCUGCUGCCUAUUGUUUUGCUAAAGGAAAAUGCUUUUAUACAUUUAUACUGUAGCUUGUACUGAAUAAAUAUCUGUAUAUAUGGUGGUGCAGGACAGGAACAAUUUAGCGGUUUGAUUUGGAACAGUUUACUGACUUUAUUAUUUUGUUAAAUCUGCUACUUUGAAAAUACUACAAGGCACAAGCUUGUAAUGAAAGAGAACCUGAAAAUGGUAUUUCUAGCUUGUUUUUGUCCUUGGUUCAAAGCUCUGGAUUAAUUCGGGUUUUAGUGUGUUGGAUUUGCAGCAGUUUUAAUAAUUUUGUCUUGUGUUUGUCGUUGUAAUGUCUAGUGUCUGUGUCUUUCUUUGGUUGCUUUGAUUUAAUUUUAUUGGAGAUCGUGCAGGUUUUGCUUUUUCAUAAUGUUUUGCCCGCCUUUUGUGAAUGCUGGUGAUUGGGAAAGAAUUUGAAAAAAAAUUUACUUGCUUAACAAAAAUGUAAAGCAGUGAGAGAUGUUUUACAGUACUUAACUGACAUGCCUUCUAUUGGUUCUGAAUAUUCACCUUUAUGGCAGCUGUAAGUGCUGAAACAAAAGCCCACAGUUAAGUUAGUUAACAUCCUCCGUGCUCACACCGGUGGUGAAUAUAAUUCAUUGAAUUAAUAUUUGCAUAUGUGGGUCGAAUGAUACACAUCUUGUCUUACUAUGGAAUAACAAAAUUUCCACCUGUUUAUGUUAAUUCUUUGAUAAUAAAUGUCCCUUGUUCGUUCGAUGAAUGGUUGACUAGUCUGAUUGCUGUGUUUACAUAGAGAUCUGUGUAUGUGCUGAUUCAAUAGAAAAUUUAAGGAAGUGUUAUAUGCUUGUCCAAGAAAGUAAAUGAGAUAAAAAGUUUUUAUUUUGAAGAAAAGAGGUUUUUUUGUGUGUUUUUUUAACCAAAUUUGGAGAAAUGCUGAUUGUAAUACUCAUUUGGCUUUUUCAUUUUUGUAAUUUGUCUGUGGCUCUUUCUUCUCUAUCUCCUUAUUUGUAGUGUAGCUAACUGAAAUAGCAUAUAUAGGUUCUGAUGUUCUAAAACAAUGUGAACUUAAGGAAAAGAGUAACUCUGUUUGUGGCCGGCAUGACGAGAUAGGGCCUUACAGGGCUGAUGGUUGUUUUACGGAUUGAACAGAGACCCUAGGAUCAUAUAUUUGAAUGUGUGAUGGGUUUAUUUCUGUCCACGAUGUCCAUGCUUUUCAUUGCAUUAGAAUUACAGGCAAAUAGCAACUUGCAGGCCUUGCCUCUAGAAAGACUGUUAUGUUAAAAAGUCAUGCUCAAUGUAAAGAACUAAUCAAAAUUAUUUAAUUUCAUCUUCUGGCAUGCUCUCAGCUCUUGAACCAAUGAGAGGUUGUUUUUUUUAAAAAUAUCAUUGAUGACAGUUUCAAUUUCAUGAUUUCUGUUUUCAUCAAUUAUUGUUAUAACACCAGCAUACAUCAAUCAGCUGCCCAUGGGCUCAUGCUCUGACCACACCUCCCCUCCAUGCAUGUGAGGGGAAAGGUGGAGAAAGCCAUUCUUACAGUGUUUUCUCUUUUCUGUGAUGAGGAAUAUUUUGUUGCAUAUUGUUUGGUUUAAACAGACAAACCUCAUUAAAUCUUUCUCCCCCCCCCCCCCCCCCCCCCAUUAUACCACUAGCCUCUCUUACCACCGGGUUUUGCCUAUGUAUGAAAAGGAAUGCCAAUAUAAACAUAAUAUUUGUGCCUUCUAAAGUCGCCCUGUGAAACUUCAAAGAAACCGUGCCACCUUGGCUUGCUGGCAAAAUUUUUGGCAUCGCCAGGUAUUCUUAGGAUUCACACUCAAGUUCACGUGACAGGUCUCAGGAGGACUGACGGGCAUCAGGUUAAAAGAAAUUAAACGUCCAGGGGAACAUUGACACAUAGCCUAGCUUCCGAUACAGCAGAAAUAUUCAAUUUUGAUUUAUGUAAAGUUCAGCUGGAGCUAUACAUGUAAGUGGUUGCUUGUUGAAUUUCCCUUGCAAAUGGUGAUUGUGCUAGAUAGAUGUAGAAAGGCAAGAUUGGCCAGUUUCUCUCUACCAUGCUUGACUGCUAGGGUAAACGUCUCUCAAUAUUAUAUUGUCCUUCAUCCAGUAGUCACAGAAUCAUUACCCUAGUCAAUGGGCAGUCAGUGCUAUUUAAGAGGACCCCGUUAUACCGCUAGCCCCGAAAUACCGCCAACUUUGUGCUCGUCCCUAGGUAACGAGGUUUGACUACUUGUAACCUCUAAUUAAUUGUGUUAUUGGUUAUCGCCCUAUGAGACCCAGAAAUAAAGAAAAUAAGCUAAUGAUUCACAGGGAUUUAGUAAUACUUUACAAAGAAGGACAAUCUUUAGCUUUGAUUUGUCUUUCAUUACUUUCAAGCAUAUUGUUGUGCUGAUCAGCAUUGGGAUUAAGGUGAUUUGUUUCAUUCGUUUACUACAUGAAAUAUUUUCCCUUGAUUUUUGAGGAGAGUAUAAUUUCAAUUGGGGUUAGCGUUCCAUCAAAGAUAAGUUGGAAGUGUUGUGCUACUGUCAGCGUUUGUUUUCGAGAUUUUUCCAAAUUUUCUCAGCACUUGCAUGACUUGUGUAGAAGUAAAAUCUAAAUCUUGUUUUGGGAAAUCGAGAGUCUGUGAUUGAAAUUGUAACUUCUCGUGUGAAAUGUGGUUGUAGUUCAAUUUUUAAAACUUUGUUCACCGUUUUUUGUACGUCCAAUAUCAGCUAGGGUUGUUUACUCAUUAUGUGUCAGGCUGAUGUGUUUGAUAAUGAUGACAAACAGUUGAUGAAGGGUUUGUCAAUUUGAUGCUUUUGUCACUGGCAUGAAUAAAAGUACUAAAUGGAGUUUGAUCUUUCUUAACAAAUAAAACAUCAUAGAGGUUUGUAAA